GACCACUUAACCUCAACCACCACAAUCCGCAUCCCUGCAUCAAUACUUCGAGUCGUAUUGGUGCCCUAAACUCUUUCAGUACUCAUCUACCUCAAUCCAAGCCGUUGGACCCAAUCCAUCGCGGAACGGGUUGCGAUCUAUCCAUGGCUACCAAUUCAUAUCCUUUCAAUGAACCACCCUCACUUACUUCAAGGGAUCAACAUGAUCUUAUCAACUUACUGCUGAAUAACCCCGGAGAGUUUGGGGACAAACUUAUGGCACUGCACGCUUCUGGCGAUGGACGCCGAGUGGACCUGACCCACUUGAUAUUGGACAUCGUAUCCAGCCAUACCGCUGAAGCCCAAUGGAAUACUUUUAUCGACAGCAGCUUGAUCAAGGUAUUGCUCCUUAUCGCUGCUAGUCCGUCAACCUAUGACUGUGUUGAUGCAAGGGAGAAACUCUACGCAACGGGAGUUUUGCAAACCUUGGCGUUCUUUACCAUGAAGCUCUCCCAAUACGUCUCGGGGGGCUGUUUCCUUGAACAUGCCGAACACGCCUUGAAACGAUUCGCUCCGGUAUUCUCUGCACUAUGGGGCCGGCGUUAUACUUUGUUGGAUUCUAAAAGCUGGGCGGGACUACCAGAGACGGUUGGUUCGCUUGUCGCACAGGUCACAUUGUUGCACACCCUGAUUCAUCCAUUGACCCCGUUCAUUAAUGGAUCUCUGCAGCUUGUGAUACAAUGCUGGUGUCUCCGCCGAGGAGUCGACAAGGACACCAUGUCCGCUAUAUCAAGAAUCGUAGUGGACACGAUGAAGAUGGGCAGGUUUCCAUUACUUGCGGAACAGCUUCGAGAGACUUUUCUGGAUAAUGGAGUCUCUCGCUUAUACUUUCAGACGAUGCAAAUCCGACUUCGUCAUGAGGAUAUGAUUGAUCGUAUUCUCACAGAAACGCUCUUGGUGAUCAAAAUAUGCAUUUCGAUGUGCACGCAACUAGACUUGGCCACGGUUGCAUUGGAAUCUCAUGUCGGCCGAUGCACAUUUUCCGACCUCGUCAUACUUGCCUGUCAGAGACAGCGUUGCUUAGGAGACAGUGUGUGGACACCCGAAAUAGUACAGCGAGGCCUAGACAUCAUAUUCAUGUUGACACAAAAUGCUUGUGGAACUCCAAAUGCGAUACGAUUAGCCCGUAACCUGGACCUUUUACCACUCGUGUUCAGCUCUGCGCUAUUGCGUGUGCCGGAUACAGCAUCUACACACCACUUCUGGACAACCAGGCUGCCGGCAAUCGUAGAGUUUCAGUUGGAAGAAUAUACUCAAGGAACUGGGGGACGAACUGCUGCUUUUCGUCACAACUUGCAACAAGUUGUUGGCAAGGUCUGGAGGCCGACGAUAGAAGCCUUAGAAGGUCAUAGGUUUGAUAGAGCUGACCCACGUUACACCCUUCUACACUCUUUCCUUCGACUUGGUCGUGUUCUACAACUAGACAGGAGGGCAGAGCCCAUUCCUCAUUUUCCAGGCUACGAGACCUGCGUUCAAAGUUGUCAUUUCCCCAACUGCCUGUGCUCAAACAAAAGACCCAUGCAUCCCAUGCGAGUAUGUAAGGGAUGCUGGCGAGUGUUUUAUUGCGGUAAACCCUGUCAGACAGCUGAUUGGAAAGCUGGGCAUAGAGAAGCAUGCCGCGCACGGUGACCACUCUAUGGCUCGGAGGAAUGAAAUUCCUCGUGCAAUGUAUUUAUUUUCUAGCCGAACAAUGCAAGAGGGAUUUCUGGAUGAUUGUACUAGUGCUUUAGCGUCUUUCAAUCAUGAAAGGGGGCAAUUUGAUGUGUUCAGUGGGGGUUUACACCUUUUGAUUCGAUAACAUAACGACACGCAAUCACAUCUACUACCUCUUCUCUAGCCGAUAAGUUGAAGUGGACAUACAAAUGUGCGGGGAAUAGAAUAACAAUAAGCAUCCUCCAGUGAUUACCGUAAGGAUGCCUCAUU